AAUUAAGAAGAAUUACAUUAGAAUAAUGUGUAAACUAAAAAUUAAAUACAGCAAAUGGUCACUUUAAUUUAAAAAUGGAUCAUCUAUCAGAUGAAGCAAAUAGAAAAUCAAAGUUGAAAUACGCGUAACUGUAAACCUAUAAAUACACAACACUAGGCGAGCGUUGAAUAGGUGGAAAAAACGUCUCCAUCUUCAAAUCGAUCGUGUCCCAUUCCUGGUCUUGGAUCUCUUCAUCUCGAAAAUAGAAUGGUGUCCACAGAUCCCCAUGUGCUCCCGGUUUCCACCACCGCAACGGCCACCACAACUCAGCCACCGAUCGUUACCGCUGUGGUGGAGUCGCAGCCUCCAGCCGUCCGUGCCUUCGUCAACGGCGUAACCGAAACGGUUCGUGGUAGUCUAUCUCGUAGCCGUCCGUGGUCAGAGCUCCUCGAUCGAUCCGCCUUUACCAAGCCUAAAUCUCUCGCCGACGCCGCGACGCCAUUCCGGAAGAACUCUUCUUAUUUCAGGGUGAAUUACGUCUGCAUCGUCGCUCUGAUCCUCGGAUUCUCUCUUCUCGCCCACCCAUUCUCUCUAGUCCUCCUCGUAUGCCUCGCCGCUUCUUGGCUCUUCCUCUACCUCUUCCGUCCAGCGGAUCGUCCUCUUAUCCUCUUCGGACGAUCAUUCUCCGAAUACGAAACUCUCGGCGGCCUGAUCCUCUCAACGAUCGCCGUGAUCUUCUUCACCAGCGUUGGAUCUGUACUGAUAUCAGCUCUCAUGAUCGGAAUAGCAACAGUCUGUGUCCACGGGGCGUUUAGAGCUCCCGAUGAUCUCUUCCUCGACGAGCAAGAUCCUGCCGCCGCGGGAUUCCUCUCGUUCAUCGGUGUCCCCACGACCUCCUCCGCCGCCUCCUCAGCCCCUUCCCCCAUAUAAUAAAUAAUAAGCUACCGUUCUCAGAAUCUGGGAUUUUUUUUUAUCUUGUUUAGAAAUUUACUUGACGGUGGAGGGAGAUAGAUUGUUGUCAAUGUAAAUUUUCUCUGUGAAUCUUUUUCGCCAUUGUUGUUGCCAUGUAAUUUUUAAAUUUCAUUCAACAGAACAGAUCGAUCUUUUGAAAUACUUGGGCCAAGUAGAAGCAAUUGUUAAAAUAAAAGCCCAAAGUUAAAACGA